GGCAACAGGAGAUAGAUUGCUGCAGUGGAACCCUCAGGCAAAUGCUCAGUGCUUGCUCUGCAAUGCUGCUGCUGAGUCCCAGAAUCAUCUAUAUUUCACCUGUCCUUUUUUAGAGGUCAUUUGGAGAGACCUCACUAAGAAACUUUUGAGGCAGAGCUACUCAAACAUUUGGGGUCAGGUUCUUGCUUUGCUAUCUACAAAUACUAUCUCAGGAGAUACCAAGUUUCUUCUGCGAUAUGUUUUCCAACUCUCUGUGCAUACUAUUUGGCUUGAGCGAAACGGAAGAAGGCAUGGCACGGUCAAUCGUCCCCCAAGUCUUCUUAUCAAGUUCAUCGACAAGCAAGUACGGAACCGAAUCAGUUCUUUACGUGGACGAGGAGGAACAACUUUCAACAAAACAAUGGUGGUCUGGUUUUCUACUAGAGACUAGGCUGCUGUGAUUUAUGAAUGUUUCAAAAAACUAUCUCUCGUAUUAGACUAAAGUUGCACUAGUUGUACAAAAGCCUUUUUUGAUUUGAAUAAAUUUAACAUUCUUUCAAAAAAAAAAAAAAAAAAAAAGUAUAUUUAUAUUGGGUGGUCGCCAAUUUUCAGAAACGUCUAUCAAACCCAAAGCAGAAAAGAGAUGGGAGAUUUCAAGUAUCUGCCAAUUGAUGGAUACAAAAAAAGAUGUCCAUUGUCUCAUCCGACUCAUCCUCACCUUCUUUCCCCUCUAGCCAACCAAAACCCUAAAUCCAUCUGCUUCGUAUGCGGGAAACAAAAACACUACACCGAUCCAGGUUUCCAUUACCAUUGCACCAUCUGCCAUGUGGAUUUCCACAGUUACUGUUUCAAAUUGCCUAGAAAAAUAACACAUCCUUUUCACCUCCAACACCCUCUCUUUAUCACCUUUGGAAAGCAUGAAAACAUCUUCGACGGCAGCAAUAUUAUAACGGAUGAAAUAGGCUCCGGAGAUGCCAUUCUCAACCCUAUCUUCAGCACAUUGGAUCCUGGUAAGUCUGCAUGGGGUAGUAUAUACGAUAAUUGCACUUGGUGUGGGAAUUAUAUACCAUCAUCAUUACCGAAUCCGAGCAGCACAGUUUUCUAUCGAUGUUCUAUUUGUAACUUCUGCUUGGAUACCUCUUGUGCGCGAAACAACCCACCUCUUACUAUUGAAAACCCAAAAGGCCAUCAUCAUUCACUCGUCUUCUUCCCUCGACCACUUUUACUUCCUUGUGAUGCUUGUGGGUUGGUCGAUAGAUCAGCACCAAGUUAUGCUUGUUUCCAAUGUAAUUAUAUGGUCCAUCAACUUUGUGUUGAUUUACCACGUGUCAUAAAGAUCACACGUCAUUCUCAUCGUCUAUCUUAUUCUCCUUACCUUCUUCCACCCCCAAAUUCAUUAUGUCGGAUCUGCUACAAGACAGUCGACAUUAAAUAUGGUCAGUAUUCUUGUAAAGACGAGGAUUGCUCUUACAUACUCCAUUCUAAGUGUGCAACACAUGUGAUGGUAUGGGACGGGAAGGAACUCGAAUGGGAACCUGAAGAAGUUGUAACUGAAGAUAUUGCACCAUUCAAAAAUGUAGGUGACGGAUUGAUAGAACAUUUUGGUCAUGAACAUCAUUUAAAGCUCGAGAAGUAUGAUAGUAUACGAGAUGCAAAGAAGCAAUGUCAAGCGUGCGUCCUUCCUAUUGUCUUGCAUGAUUUCUACAAUUGUAUACAGUGUGAUUAUUUUCUCCACAUAGUGUGUGCUGGUCUACCAAGGAAACUGGAUCAUGCAUUGCAUAAUCAUUCUAUUUUCCUCGACCCGUUUCCUCCACCCAACGAUAGUGACUUUAACCACCUACAAUGUUCAGCUUGUUCUCGGACAUCCAGUGGUUUCAAGUACAAGUGCUACGAAAAGGAUUGCAAGAUUCAUUGGUUUAAGAUAGAUGUGACCUGCUGUCUAGUUCCUGAGUACAGCACCCAAAAAUUCCAUGAAGAUCCCAUAUUCAUCGCCCCAUACAAUUACGACCACGAAAUAUAUCCUUGCAAUGGUUGUAAGAGACGUCUUACGAAGACUCGUCUACAGUGUACUCUCUGCGAAUUUUCUAUUUGCUAUGAAUGCGCUACGAUCCCCGAAGAGUUGCACUAUAAACACGAUGAACAUCCUCUCACUCUUUGCUAUGGAGAAGACACGGAUGGAAAGUAUUGGUGCGAAGAAUGUGAGAAGCAAGUGAAUCCGUCGGAAUGGUUCUACACGUGCAACAAAUGUUGCAUCACUAUCCAUAGGACUUGCCUAUUCGGAUUCUACGUUUAUCUGAAGCCUGGUCACACAUUAAAAUAUAAUCGUGCUACCACGGUGGAAGUUCUUGGCAAUAGUAUUAGUACUCGACCUAUUUGCAGUCGGUGUGAGGAACGUUGUCGUGGUUUCACUUACUUCAAAGUCGACUUGAAGACUCUUUGUUCUUGGUGUGUUUUUGCACCCCCUAAAAGAUAAAGGGACCGGCAAACAUGAUUGUGUUUUCUUUCGUUUUUCUAAUUUCCUCUGUUUUGUAUCAUCUCAUAGUCCGGUAUGGACACUGUUUAGGACGGUUCUCCUAUUCUUCUUGCGACCAAGAAGAAUAAAAUAAUUAAAAAAAUACUCCAUUUGGAUUUAAAUGUAUGAUGUUAAAGGUUUUACACACAUAUUAAAAAACAAUAAAUAUACUAUUUUAAUUAUUACCUUUUGGUUAUAUCAAUAAAGUUUUAUCACUCAUAAUUUUACUUUUUAAUUUAUAUCUAAAUUUUAAAAAUAAAUGUAUUAAUUAUAUCUCAAAACAUCAUAUAUUUGUAUACAAAAUAAAAUGAUAGAACAUCAUGCAUUCGUAUCCGGA